AUGGAGUGCAAUAGAGAAGACGCGACGAAGGCUAAGGAGCUAGCCGAAGCGGCUCUUUCAAGCGGCGAUUACGCCAGGGCUCGUCGACUAGUAUCGAAAGCCCAAUCCCUCUUUCCCAAUCUCGACGGGCUCACGCAGGUCAGUGCCGUGGUCGAAGUGCACGAAGCUUCGCUGAACCGCGUGGGAGGUGACGUGGACUGGUACGCGCUUCUCCAAAUCCCCGCAUUCUGCGAUGACGACAGUCAGAUCAAGAAGGCUUACCGUCGCCUGGCGCUGCUGUUGCAUCCCGACAAGAACAAGACCAGCGGAGCGGAAGCAGCGUUCAAGCUGCUAUCCGAGGCGUUCACGGUGGUAUCAGACAAGCAGAAGAAGGCCGUGCAUGACGCCAAGCGACGACUAAACGUGACCACAGGGCGAGCAGGAGCAGCAGCCGGCGCUAAUGCCUCGAAGAGUCAACACAGAGCUCCUGCAGCAGCGAAACCCCCGCCUGCAGCACCAGCAGGGGGAGCAGCAGCAGCAGCAGGGGGACAGGGAGCGGGGAAUCAGUUCGAGACGCGGUGUCCGACGUGCGGGACGCGGUUCUUGUGUUUGCGGGACGCCAUGGCGGUCGUUGUACAGUGCAUUAUCUGCAAGAGCUCGUUCAAGGCCAUGCCUGCUACCGCGUCUGCCUCUAACGCGUCUGCCGCUGGCUAUGCAGCUGCGAGCUACAGCUCCGUGCAUUCCUCUGCUAGCGCCGCUGCCGCCAUGGCUGCAGCUGCAGCCGCACAGGCCGCUGCUGUUGCGGAAUCCCUGAGGGGCACGGGGGGAGGCGCGGCUGCUGCUGCUGCAGCAGCCGGAGAAGCUGCUGCUGCUGCUGCGGCGACGGCUGCAGCAAUCGCAGGGCAGUUUGGAGGGAUGGGGACUGGGGGGGCUUUUCCUGGUGCUGCUAACUUUGCAAAGUUUUCGUUUUCGGCGGAUGGUGCGGGGGUGUAUGGCAGUCAACAAUGGCAACAGCAGCAGCAGCAGCAACAACAGCAGCGGCUGCAGCAGCAGCAACAACAGCAGCGGCUGCAGCAGCAGCAGGAGCAAUUGCGGCGACAACAGCAGCUGCAGCAGCAGCAUCUAGAGGAGCAGAGUCGGCUGCAGGAAGCACAGAGGCGGUUACAGCAGCAGCAGCAGGAGGAGCAUCGGCGGCAGCAGCAGCUUCAGCAGGAAGCACAGCGGCGGCAGCAGCAGCUGCAGCGGGAGCAGCAUGAGAGGAUGCGAGCAGCGAUGGGGGCAGGUGCAGCAGGGGUGGGUACGCAGCAGUUUGGUCAAACAGGAAGCGUGGAGGAGGCGUUGAGGGCUAGAGCGGAGGAGGAGAGGGCGCAAAGGGAGAGAGUUGCAGGGGAGGUGCAGCAGGAGCAGGCGAAGGCGCAGGUGAGGCGGCAGAUGCAGAUGGAUGAGUUGCUGGAGCGCAGGCAACGCCAGCAGGCGAAAACCGCCGCUGCUGCUGCUGCUGCUGCCAGAGCUACCGGUGCUGGUAAUGGCGCUGCAGGUGCGCAGGAAGCAGCAGCAGCAGGUGGAGAGAGUGAGAGGGGUGGUGGGAAGCAAGCAGGGCGGAGGAACAGGUUGCGGAAGAGGAAGCAGGGGGGAGGGCGAGGGGGCGCAGGGGACAGCAGCGAUGAUGACGAGGAGUGGGACUUCCGUAUGGAUGCAGACAGUGAUGAUGAUGAUGCUGGUCGUGGUGCUGGUGGUGGGGGAGGAAACAGGGACCCCUCGCAUGGGGGCUACGAAGGGUGGCAAGCAGGCACGGGGCAGGCACAGGGAGAGGGCGGAGGAGUUGGGGAGGACGAGGAGAUGGUGGGGGGUGGUAUGAGGCGGUCGGCGCGCAGCAGGAAGCCGGUGGUGUACCACCUGGGGGAUGACAACGACGAUGAUGACGUCAUGGAGGUGACCGAGGCCGAGGCGGGGAUGAAAGGGGUCAAUGGGACGGCCGCAGGGGGCGGCGGUCAACCCAGGAGACCCAGGGCUGACCAAGACUCAGCUGUGGGGGGAGGUGAUGCGAGCAAGGGCUUCGCGGUUGAUGGUAGACCUGGGCUGGCUGGAGACGCCUCAGGGAGGGUGCAUGGAGAGGGGAAUUUCACGGAUGUGCCUAUGGACGGCAAGCCAGGGGUGUCAAGCCACGCAGCAGGGAAGGAAGAGGGGAGGAGUGGUGAAAGGCGAGCGGAGGGCCGUGGCAGCAGUGGUGGGAAGAAAAGUGGUGAUGGGAAGAGGAAUGGGUUUAUGCAUGAGGGGGAGGUGGUGGAGAUCAUCUCGUCUGAUGAAGAGGAAGAGGAGAGCGAGGAGGAGGGGGAGGAGGGGGAGGAAGCAAAGCGCUUCUCUGUUCCGGAUCCUGACUUCCACUGCUUCGAUGAUGAUCGCACAGAAGAAACGUUCCGACAAGGAGAUGUAUGGACCCUUUACGAUGACUCUGAUGGCUUCCCCCGCUUCCUCGGCGCCAUCCGCCAAGUGUCCCACACGCCUUUCUCCUGCACCAUAGUCUGGCUCGAACCCGCCGCUCCUUCCAAGAAACGCACUACUGCCUCCGCCGCCCUCACUCAAACCGAGGCCGCAGCUGCUCUGGCCGAUCCAGCAGAAAGAACAGAGCCCAGCAUCGGGUACUUCAAAUUCGGCAAACCCACAGCGCUUGACUCUGUUAACACCUUCUCCUUCCGGAUCUCCAAGCUAGCUUCCCCGAAUGCGCGCACGGCUACAGUUUUACCAGAGAUAGGGCAGGUGUGGGCACUGUACGCAGAAAAGUCAUUUGCCAGGCGGAGGUACUAUCUGGUGGAGGUGAUACCUGCUGAGUCGUCCAUACCUCUGCCAAGUGACCCCACAGCAGCGUCGGCAGCAGCAGCAGGAAUGCAUGGGGUUACAGCGAUGGGGUGGAGGGCUGUGUGGUUCCUGGAGAGGGUCCCUGGUGGAGUGUUCAGCUCACUAUUUCAGAGAAUUCCUGGUGGCACGCGGUUUGUUCGCCUCAACAGUUUCUCACACCUCGUUCCAAGCUUCCACCUACAAGGCAAUGAGAGCAGCCCUAAAAGAUUACCCCCUCCUCCUCGUGGUGCUCUAGAGCUGGAUCCUGCUGCCACCCCCUCAAAUCUUGCGCCAUUUCCUCCUACAGUAGAAUUGUGA